AUGACACAAAUAGGUAAACAGACUCAACAGACAUCAGGACAACAGCAGCAACAACAGUCCUCUCAACAACAGUCAGUACCUGCACCAGUCUCACAGUCCUCACAACAACAGUCAGAAGCCAGUACGUCAAUAUUAAUACCAGAAUUAAUAGAAGAGAAUACAAAUAAUGUUCUUGGAGAAGCUCCACCCAGCUACGAAGAAGCACUUGCUGCCAGUAUUAGUAACAAUAAUAAUAUCACAUCCAGUACUUCUCCAACCAACACUAUUGCUUCCUUAAUUUCCAAUUACACAAGACCUUUAGCCUCAUCGUCACAACAAACAACAUAUCACCAGUACUCUCCAUUCAUGAUUCCACCCGACGAUCCAAAUACAACUGCAAUAUACUAUCCCGGUCAUCAUAAUCAUGAUGAUUUGUACUAUUCUCACACGCAACAUUCUUUUAUUGAGCCAGUUUUUGUGGCGCGAAAUUGGCUGGCAUUGAUUUAUUUGUUGCUUUGGGAUUUGGCAUUUGCUUGUUUUUGUUUUAGUUGGGUGAUUGGAACUCUUGUUACUGGUGUUGUGUUGUUGAUUAUCCCACCAGUUGGAUAUGUGGUUCUGUUGGGGGCAAUUUAUAGUUGGAGAAUGCUAGCUCGCGUAGAACUUGCAUCAUUAAACUCGAUAUCGAACCACGCCACAGAACGUACGCAUAUUCCCUCAACAACCUACCGCCUUGCGACACACACGUCACAAGAUGCUAUCACGCAUUUUUUCUCUCUACUUAGUGACGAAUUCACUUUACGCAGCAUUCUUUACUUCACCACAAUAAAAUUUGCAAUGUCAAUCACAUUUUUCACCAUAUCAAUUAUCGCGUUUGCGCUUGGUUUGACAUUUUGUUGUUGUUUUUUACCCGCGUCAUUACUGGUUUCAAGGACUUUGGUUAAUCUGGAAGCGACAGUUGCGAGAAAAGCACUAUUGGUGUGA